UUGUUAGGGGGUACCAUGGGAAACUGCUAGAGCAUAGCUAGCUUAGCUUGGAUUCUAAUAGAUAAAUAUAUGAGUUAUAUAAUAAUAAUAUAUGAGUAGUGGCAGUUAAUAAAUGGAAGCAUUGACUCUAGACUAGGAAAGUGUGUGUGACGUUAGCAAGGGGAUAACGCCGGGGUUUCAGUCUUUGGUGCAAGUGUAGCUAGCUAACGGGUUAGUCUAGAUCAGAUUGAGAGGCGCUGUGUCUGUAGUUUACGACACAGUGAUUUAAAGAUGGGCGAAUCUCAGGAAAGCCUUCAGAACCCGUGUAACGAAUCACUGUCGUAUAUGCCCCCGCAACUGCCACCGCUGCCGGGGCGAGAGCGAUUGCAGAUUCAGAAAAGCAAUGUCUGCUCAAGGGCUUAUUUUGUGGUGGUCAUGGUUUUCUUCCAUGUGUACAUUAUAAACGUAAUUGCUCUGCUACUGUACGUGCACUACAGCAACGGACCCCCGGACAUCAAUUCCGACGGUGGCUCUCCUACAGCUGGAAGUCCUCUUUCCCGGUCUGACCAACCACUAGACACUGAUUUGGAUGAUCGUCAGAGUUUCAGCCUGCCUCGUAUUGAAGGAAUAAGGGUGGGUCAUGUUCAGAAGGUGUAUUUGGUGCCAGACAGAACACACCAGAUGAAAACCUUGAGCCUCAAGCCUCUGCUCUUUGAGAUCCCAGGCUUCCUGUCCGAAGAGGAGUGUGGCGUGGUGGUGCAGCUGGCCCAGCUGAAGGGGCUGAUGGAGAGCCAGGUCACACUGCCCUCUGGUGCCCGGGAGGAGACAGGGCAGCCCCCGCUGUCACUGAGCACAGCAGAGAUCUUCAGCCUGCUAGACCUGGACCAGGACGGGUUCCUGCAGAGGGAGGAGAUCCUGAGUCAUUCCCGAUCGAGAGAGGGAACGUGGCUCGGUCCCGAAAACCUACGACAGACGCUCGCAGGCCUGGAAGCCAGCCCAGCAGGUGUGCUGAGUUUGGAGGAGUUCCGGCGUGUGUGCGACGGCAUGUCCCAGCAACCCCUGCAGCAGCAGCAAGGUGGAGCCGGGCAGGGCCGGCCGAAACAGAAGAGCAAGCACACGUGGCUGUACCAAGGCCCAGGAUCCCACCACGUACUACACACACUCAGGAACAGGGUAACUCGUUUGACACGUCUUCCCUCCCCAUUGGUUGUGCUGAGCGAGCCUCUUCAGGUCCUUCGCUAUGAGCAGGGAGGAUUUAGUCACGCCCACCAUGACAGCAGCCCCUCCCACUCAGGGACGACCUGUGCACACACGUGUCUGGCAGGAAACACAUCUGCACUCACGGAGAUCUCCUGCAGGUAUAUUACUGUGUUGUUCUACUUGAAUGCUGUGGAGGGGGGUGGAGAGACCAGCUUCCCUGUGGCAGAUAAUCGCACCUAUGAGGAGGAGGCUCUGCUGCAGGGGGGUGUGGAUCUGACAGACACACAGCAGCACUGCGCCAGAGGGAAUCUGAGGACAAGGCCCACUGCUGGCACUGCUCUCCUUUGGUACAACCACCUUUCUGAUGGAAAAGGGUGGAUGGGUGAGCUGGAUGAGUACUCCCUCCAUGGUAGCUGCCCAGUCACCCGGGGGGUGAAGUGGGUAGCCAAGUCGUGGGUCAACGUGGACCCGGACCAGCAGCGGCAGGCCCGCUAUCAGAGACUGGUGACCCACCGAGAGACUAGGGAGGCGGACAGAGAGGAGCAGAGCCACCCUCACCCUCACAGUAACCUUCACCAGGACCUAUAGUCAGAGCCAAGGGGACUCUGUGGAGUACGACAUUCCUUCAAAAAUUCCAAGAACCAUUCAAGAGAAAUACAAGUAGAACGAUAGUCAAAAGCAAUCCUGUUUUAUGACUAACAUGUCACCUCAAAGCUAUACACUGUAGUUAGUGUGACCAGCAAGUCUAGUCCAAAACACUGCUAUGAAAAUCAAACUUUUACUACGUCUGAUAAUUUUGUCCAAAAAUGUUUUGCUUUUUUGUACUUGUUUAGGCUACUUCUCAGUGGUAGUCAUUGGUCCAAUGAAGGGAACAUAGCUGCAUUCAGUUUAGAAUGAGAGAUCUGUUACUGAUAGAUUACUGGGCAUCAUGCUGAGCCAUAUCAAAUUCAUAAUCUGUGAAUGUCUUCUUGAAGCACAUUGUGUGUUUGCGUGUUUAAGAGUGUUGUGGUUUUCCUUGUGUGAGCAGGAUAAGCAUGGCAUGGACAUACUCGUGUUUGCUUAUUCCUGUGGCACCACAGGUGCCGUAAUAUUGCACUUGGUUUGAAUUUCAUUUGUAGUUUGGCUCAUAUUUGCUCAUAUCUCAGGGGCAAUCAUUUUUGUUACACUGUGUAUUUAUUAUCAUCACAAGCUAUGUGUAUUUAUUAUCCGACAUUUGAAUUGAUUUGGCACUGAAUGUACACGUUAUUUAUUUGUAUUUAUUUAUUGUAUGUAAUAAUUGUAAAUUCGUUGUUAUACCCUUUUCACUCAGAUUUAAAAACAUGGGUAAAAAGUGGAUGAGCUUUUGGUGUGAAUCCUUGUGUGAGUCCUUCCGGUGUUUGGCCAUGUAGGUGGAUUCAAUCCACUUGCUGCAAUAAAAUAUCUCGAUUAUU